AUGAAAUCUCUUAUUUUAUUCAUUGUUUCUUGUGUUGUUUUGUUGCUCGUUUUGAGCUAUCCUGAAGUAGAAGCAAAAGCGGCUUCUAACAGGUGUUACGUUAGAGACUUUUUUCCUGGAAAAUGUGGAAAUGAUGGAAUACAGAGUUGCCUCAGAGAUUUCAAGAAAAAGACCAAAAAGAGCCACAUUGUUGAUCAGUGUAAAUGUGACAACGUUGGACAACGUGCCAAUAGCAGAGCGUCUUGGAUAGGCUACGAAGAUCCGAUGUACAGUUUGUUCGUGGCCCAUGUCAUUCUAGAUGUUACUCAUAGUGUUGUUCUUUCGGUCAAGAAGAGGACCGUCAAUGAAAAUGGUGCAAAUGGAUCAUGUUAG